GUGACCAAGCGCAUCCUGGUGACGGGUGGCACCGGUUUGGUGGGAAAAGCCAUCGAGAAGGUGGUGGCUGAUGGAGAGGGGCGGCCGGACGAGGAGGGGAUCUUUGUGUCCUCCAGAGACGCCGACUUGACGAGCGCCGCAGAGACCAAAGCCCUGUUUGAGCGGCACAAGCCCACCCACGUCAUCCACCUGGCUGCCAUGGUCGGGGGCCUCUUCAAAAAAAUCCGCUAUAACUUGGAUUUUUGGAGGAGAAACAUCCACAUCAACGACAACGUCCUGCACUCGGCGUACGAGACGGGGGUGCAGAAGGUGGUCUCCUGCCUCUCCACCUGCAUCUUCCCGGACAAGACGACGUACCCCAUCGACGAGAGCAUGAUUCACAACGGGCCACCGCACAGCUCCAACUUCGGCUACUCCUACGCCAAGAGGAUGAUCGACGUGCAGAAUAGGGGCUACUUCGAGCAGCACGGCUGCCGCUUCAACGCCGUCAUCCCCCCCCACGUCUUCGGGCCGCACGACAACUUCAACAUCGAGGACGGCCACGUCUUGCCGGGGCUCAUCCACAAGGUCUACCUGGCCAAACAGACCGGCUCUGCUCUGACCAUCUGGGGCACGGGCAAGCCCAGGAGACAGUUCAUCUACUCCCUGGACCUGGCCCGGCUUUUCCUUUGGGUCCUGCGGGAAUACGAUGAGGUAGAGCCCAUCAUUUUGUCAGUGGGAGAAGAAGACGAAGUCUCCAUCAGGGAGGCAGCAGAGGCGAUCGUGGAGGCCAUGGACUUCAGGGGAGAGCUUGUUUUUGACACCACCAAGGCAGACGGGCAGUUCAAGAAGACGGCCAGCAACGCCAAGCUCCGGCGCUACCUGCCCGGCUUCCAGUUCACACCCUUCAGGCAAGCCGUGAAGGAGACCUGCACCUGGUUCAGCGCCAACUACACCAACGCCAGGAAGUGAUGGGCUGCCACGGCACCGCCAUCAUCUUCUUCAUCUCAGGGUUGUCCUUUGCGGGGGCAGAGGACGGGGCUGGGGGUGACGGUGACAUUUCCAAAGUAAACAGGGGCCA